GGCCGCCGCGCGGCUGAUGUACGGCACCGGGUGCGCUGCUGUCGCGCGGUCCGGCCGUAAAGCGCAGGCGGGAAAUCAAGGAAGGGAAGGGAGAAGGUCGCGCUCCGGAGGGGAAGCCGGCGUAGAUACUUCAGGGUGAGGAGAGUGUUGGGCUGAGACUGAUGAAGAAGACCCUGGUUCGAAUGCCUCCUGCCACGAAGCUCCCUGGGUGACCUUGGAGCACUCACAAACUCCCAGCCUCACCUACCUCGCAGGGUUUGUUGUGAGGACAAAAGAGGAGGAGAGCCACACAUUGCCGCCUUGGGCUCUUUUCAGGAAAGGUGGAACGUGAGUGUGGUCAGCAAUCUGCUUCGUGCUCCAGAUGUGGUCAUAUCAGUGCUGAAAAGUGGGAAAUAGCAGCUCUUGGGAUUUAUCUGUGGGGCUCGGAAAGGGCUAAAGGACCCUUCAUCAAGAUGUUCCUCCGGCUCUUGUCUGAUGUCCGGUGGCAAAGAGCUAGCCCAGGAUGGAGAAGCAUGACCAGCUCCCGGCACAGUAGCACAACUGGAGCAGAACCUCACCUGACCCCUCUGCCAUCACAUGCACAGGUGGUUAUCUGUGGGGGUGGAAUCAUGGGCACAUCAGUGGCAUAUCACCUCUCCAAACUCGGGUGGAAGGACAUCGUCUUACUGGAGCAGGGCAGGCUAGCUGCUGGUUCCACGAGAUUUUGUGCCGGCAUCGUAAGCACAGCACGGCACCUGUCCAUCGAGCUGAAGAUGGCCGACUACUCCAACAAGCUGUAUCAGCAACUCGAGCAAGAGACUGGGGUAAAAACAGGUUAUGUGAGAACUGGCUCUAUCUCUCUCGCUCAGACGCAAGACCGGCUGAUCUCCCUGAAGCGCAUAGCCUCACGGCUCAAGGUCAUGGGGAUCCCAUGUGAGCUCAUCCCGCCCAAGAGAGUGACGCAGCUCCACCCGCUUCUCAACAUCCACGACUUGGUGGGGGCCAUGUACCUCCCAGAGGAUGCUGUCGUUUCAUCAGCCGAUGUGAGCCUCGCUUUGGCCAGCGCUGCCUCUUUGAAUGGUGCCCAGAUCCAUGAGCGGACGAGUGUUAUCCACGUCUUGUGCCAAAAGGGUUGUGUGGCUGGAGUGGAGACUGACAGAGGGAUGAUCGAGUGCCAGUAUUUUGUUAACUGUGCUGGGCAGUGGGCUUACGAGCUGGGCCUUUCCAACGAGGAACCAGUCAGCAUCCCUCUGCACGCCUGUGAGCACUUCUACCUCCUGACCCGGCCCUUGAAGACGCCGCUGGAGAGCAGCACGCCAACUAUUGUGGACCCUGAUGGGAGGAUCUACAUCCGCAGUUGGCAGGGGGGCAUCCUUUCAGGCGGCUUUGAGAAGAACCCCAAGCCGAUCUUCACGGAGGGCCGGAACCAGCUGGAGAUACAGAACCUGCAAGAGGACUGGGAUCACUUUGAGCCACUUCUGAGUGCCCUUCUGCGGAGGAUGCCGGAUCUGGAGGCUCUGGAGAUCGUGCAGCUGGUGAAUUGCCCAGAAUCCUUCACUCCAGACAUGCGGUGCAUCAUGGGAGAGUCGCCCAAUGUGCAGGGCUACUUUGUCCUGGCAGGGAUGAACUCGGCUGGCACGUCUUUUGGUGGAGGAGCAGGCAAGUACAUGGCUGAAUGGAUGGUGAACGGCUACCCCUCUGACAACGUGUGGCCCUUGGACCUGAAGCGCUUUGGGGCUCUGCAGAGCAGCCGCACCUUCCUCCGCCACCGCGUCAUGGAAGUGAUGCCCCUGAUUUAUGACCUGAAAGUUCCCCGCUGGGAUUUCCAGACCGGCAGGCAGCUGCGCACGUCACCCCUCUAUGACCGGCUGGACGCACAAGGAGCCAGGUGGAUGGAGAAGCACGGCUUUGAGAGGGCCAAGUACUUUGUGCCGCCUGGGAAAGACUUGCUGGCCCUGGAUCAGAGCAAGACCUUCUACAAGCCAGACUGGUUUGACAUUGUGGGGGCAGAGGUCAAGUGCUGCAAGGAAGCCGUCUGCGUCAUUGACAUGUCCUCGUUCACCAAGUUUGAAAUAAGUUCCACAGGGGACCAGGCCCUGGACGUCUUGCAGUAUCUCUUCUCCAAUGACCUGGAUGUGCCAGUGGGGCACAUAGUGCACACAGGGAUGCUCAAUCACAACGGAGGAUACGAGAACGACUGCAGCAUCGUCCGCCUAAACAAGCGCAGCUUCUUCAUGAUUUCCCCCACAGACCAGCAAGUCCAUUGCUGGUCCUGGUUGAAGAAGCACAUGCCUGUUGACAGCAACCUGUUCUUGGAAGACGUAACUUGGAAGUACACAGCAUUGAAUCUGAUUGGCCCACGCGCUGUAGACGUCCUAUCAGAGCUGUCCUAUGCUCCGAUGACCCCAGAGCACUUUCCAUCCCUCUUUUGCAAGGAGAUGAGCGUGGGCUAUGCCAACGGCAUCCGUGUCAUGAGCAUGACGCACACCGGAGAACCGGGAUUCAUGCUCUACAUCCCCAUUGAGUAUGCUCUGCACGUGUACAACGAGGUGAUGAGCGUGGGGCAGAAGUACGGGAUCCGGAAUUCUGGCUACUACGCCCUCCGCAGCUUGCGCAUUGAGAAGUUCUUUGCCUUCUGGGGCCAAGAUCUGGAUGCUUUCACCACGCCGCUGGAAUGUGGGCGCGAGUUCCGGGUUAAACUAGAGAAGGGCACUGACUUCAUAGGGCGGGAGGCGCUGAUGCAGCAGAAGCAGGAAGGGGUCUACAAGCGCUUCAUCAUGUUCAUCCUUGAAGACCACGACACAGACUUGGACCUGUGGCCCUGGUGGGGGGAGCCCAUCUACCGGAAUGGCCAGUACGCCGGCAAGACCACCAGCAGUGCCUAUAGCUACACACUGGAGCGGCACGUCUGCCUGGGUUUCGUCCUGAACGUGGACCCAGAGACCGGUGAGGAGCAGCCGGUGACACCCGACUUCGUCAACCAGGGCGAAUACGAGAUUGAUAUCGCAGGGCAGCGCUUCCAGGCCAAGGCCAAGCUUUAUCCCUUCAGCUCCCUCUUCACCACCCGCCGGCGCAAGGAUGAAAUGGAGUUCAGUGGCUUCCAGGGGAAAUAACUCAGUGCUGCAUCUUUCAGACUUUUUAACGCUGCUGCUCGUUGGGACUUUGUAUAGCCCCUCUGGUCUGUUACAUUUUGUAUAUCAUAACACUUCCCCCCACCCCUUUUCCUCUCCUUCCAUACAUAUCUCUUCUUUUCUGCUCAUCCUGGUUGUUUUCCAACAUUGGCUGAAGCCCCUGAGCUCCAGGCCAAAAGGGCUCUGUUGCGUCCUGAGCUCCAGCCUCCACUUGUCCAAUCAGCAAGGACUCCUGUGCCCUGAGAACAUUGGCUGUGGCCUGGUGGGACUUCUUGCGCUUGGAAGCAGCCUCGGGCCCUUGGGAUCUCUCCUCUCUUGCAACGUGUCACAUCACCCCAGGGCCCAUCAGGCACCUGUGCACCAACACCCAGUGGCCAGCCCUUGUCCUUUGCAGUUUUCUUCCUUGUGCUGCCUGUUGGAGAGGCCAGCAGGCAUUGUAAGGUAACAGCGAGUUUUUCUCCAUGUUAGGAGUGGGUGUGAGCAAUCUAUGAGCUGCACCACAUAGGGUCAGCAUCCUACAGAAAAUUUGGCUUCCCUGGAAUGGAGUUGCCUGGGUCAGCAUCCUACAGAAAAUUUGGAGUCCCUGGAAUGGACUCCUCAGUGUCUAUGGAUUGUGUGGCUGAGGGUGCUUGCUUCUGGGUUUGCAGAAUCCCCCUUCCCUUCUGCUUUGUUCUUCUUUGUGUUCAGUCUUGGAUUGGUUGGUUGGUUGGUUGUGCAAUAUAUGGUGUUCAAAACCCUCACCUGUGCCACUUAGGGGCUGACCAACCUUUAGUCAACAGGCCUGUAGUUGCUUAGAGGUUGGGGCUGAGGGCUGUGGGUGUAAGCUGCACCAUCUUAACAAUGGCUGAGCCAUGGGUUGUGUCUUGGCUUUGUGUUGGCACCCACCCCCCCAUCCAAGUCCUGUGGGUAAGUGGUUGGUCACCUUUGCUUGGCCCCAGAAUGGCUCUCCUCCUUCCCAGCACUCGCCUCCUCUGCAGCUGCUGAGACCAGAAUCUUGCAUGCCAUCUUUCACAAGGAGGGCUGUCCCAUCUCAGGCUUUAGGGAGUGUUUGUGUUGGGUGGAGGGAAGAGUCUCAGUCUUCUCACUGUCAUGGAAAUGAUUUGAGGCUGGGGUUUCUUUAAGCCAGGGAAAUUUGCCCUGAAAGGCAGGCAUGCCAUGCCAAAGAGUGUGACCUCUGGCCACUUGCAGCAGUCCAGUUAGCUGUCACUGCAAACAAGAAAAGGGAAACUGAUCUUGAGGAAAGAGGCAGGGCAUCUGUGCCUUGCAAAUUCUCCCAGCAAUAUAGAUCGGUGGGAUUUCAUGCUGCCACGGCUCCCUUUGAAAAAUCCUUUCGACUGGCUCCCUGAGGCUGCUUUGUGUCUUUCCCUUCCUCCCUUUUUUCUACACGCCAGGCAACUCUUCUCUCCUCCUGUCUGAGUUGCUUGACGUAUCAUAAUGUUGCUGACCAUUACCCAUGCAAUGUUUUUCAGUGCUGCUGCCCUUUCCGAGGGCAAAUGCCUGAGGUCCCUGCUCCCAUGCUCCAAGGUUGCCAGUCAGCAAAAAAAAAAAAAGUCUAGAUAGGGUCUUCUGUGUAGAUGUCUCUUGAACAGAGUUCCUUGUAGCACUGAUCCUGAGGCCUUGGGCCUGUCAGAAAUGGCUCCUCACACAAGGAGAGGCAGAACUGAACAUUUCUCACAGCCGGCCUCAGCUGCUGGGAGAGGAGACUGAGAGACUGUAUUACCAAGACUCAGGCAGGACCCCCCAAAACAGCAGCACAGAUGGCGAGGCUUCCUCAGCAUCUGCCCCAGGAAGUGUGUGAGAUGCAGCUGAAGCCAGCUCGACCAAAGACCAGAUGGUCCCUUUGCUCUCCCCCUUCUAAUUGUGUUGCUUCCCAUUUAUUUUUCAUAAAUGGACGGGGAACUUUUACAGUGAGCUUAAAAGGACUUGCUACUUGCUGUGUGUAUGACCAUCCCAUUUCGGCUUCUAGGAGCUUCUCAAGGCUCCCCUCCCCACGCUGUUUCCCAAACAUGCAUAAGUUUUAAAGUCCCUCCCACAUCACUGUCAACUCUCGUAAACAGCAGGGUUGGUUUUGUUGCUAAAUUUCUGGCCAGAUGCAAGUAAAUGGUACAGGGGCCUCCUUGCCUGCAGCUACCUUUGCACCAAAGACAAAAGUUUUGCAGGGGGAAUUCAUAGCAGGCAGACAAGGCAGGAAGGCAGAGCAGAAGUCCUUGAACAUGAAGGCCAUCCUUGUGACACCUGCAAGGCCCUACCCAGAGCAGCCUCCACAAUCCUGCAGAGUUUGGGUCUUCUGCCUUUUCCAAAAUAAUGUUUUGAGGGAUUCCUUAUCUAACAGUCUCUCUCACUCACUCCUGGUUCUUCCCUCCCUGCUCCUAGAAUCACUCCUUCAAUACUCACUCCCUUUUCAUUCUCAGAUGCACUUUAAACACAUUUGUUCAUUUUGACCUUGAUUGCCAGCCCUCUGUGAUCAUUCCUUCAUGGAAUCAACUCCAAAACUAGCAGAGGUGGUUUUUGUUUUUUUAAGCAUCAUUAUUAAAUUAAGAGCACUUGCCAGCAUCUCUUCUGUGGAACAGGCACCGGAGAUCUGGAAGCUGAGCGAAUCCUCCCCUUCACUCUGGAGUGCCUUACGCCUCAUGAAUGUUACCUAACGGAGGGAGCAGAGUCGUGCCUCAGCUCCAUCCUGUAUCAAAAACUCUGCUGCUUGGCUGCAGCAGGCCACCAUGGCAGGAUUCUUGGGAUGCUCUGGAGCCUUCUGACCCUCUCUGGGUGUCGCUGGCAUCGACUGCUGUUGCUGCGCCUGCACCUCUGCAGAGAGUGUAUAUCUGUCUGGACUGGAAAACCAGGACGUUGGGAGAUGCCCUGCUCCUCUUCCAGUGGAAGUUCCCAAGGACUCCUGGUCCAAAGCGCACAAAGGCGGGGGAGCAGCUUCCUUUCCUGUCCAACCGGGAAGCCUGCAUCUUCAUCAUGCAGCAUUUCUGCAGAUAUAUUUCCUGUCCCACUUUGGUUUUCAAUGCUACCUGGUUUGUAUAUCAAUAAACAGUUGUUUUACCUAC